AUGCAAAUGAGGCAUCAAACGAUGGUGGAUGGUCGAUGGUCAGAGUGGUCGAAGUGGGAAGGAAGCUGCCAGGUGGACUGUGGCCUGCUAAAAGCUGCCCUCGACUCGGGCGAAGAUGGAUUGAUACCGAGAAGGAGACGGAUGAGGGCAUGCAACAAUCCGGCACCGCUCAAUGGAGGCGCGCAAUGUUCGGGUUUCGACGAGGAGUACACCGCCUGCGACAUCCCAUGCCAAAUCGACGGUCGCUGGACGGGGUGGAGUGAUUGGGGAGAAUGCCGCGAAGAUUGUACACAGCGACGAACUCGAAAAUGUUCAGCGCCACCCCCGUUGAAUGGUGGCAUCGACUGCCCGGGACCAGCAUGGGAGGCCAAGAAUUGCACGACUCCUUGUGGCUCCAAAAUACGCCACGUCGCGGCGGGACCCCCGCAGAGUGCCGCUAUUGGAUAUGACAUCCCCAUCCUCAUCGGCAUGGGCUCAAUCUUCGUCCUCCUCGCCGCCAUUCUAUUCGUGAUCUGCUGGCUGCUCGUCUGCAAGAAGGGCAGAAGAGUCAAGAAGUCGAGCAGUAACAUCUACUACGCUGAGGCUGGAACCCAUAUGCGUCGUGUACUGCUCGAGCAACAGCAAGCAGCUCUUCUGGGGCCAGGGGAUUGCGUGAAGGCACCGGAUCUAUUCUCUCAUCAUCCAUCAAUGACGCUGAAGAGCGCGAAAAGUGCGUAUAGCGCAUAUACCACCAAUAGGAAUGCGGGCUCUCGCGCUGCCCUAAUCACCGAAUGCUCAUCGAAUUCCUCCUCUGAACGGGGCCGAAAAACGAUAUUGAGGACCAGCUCGAACUGCUCGGACGAGGAGAACUACGCGACGUUGUACGACUACCUUGAAGACCGUUCCGUCCAAUCCAUCCAAUCCGCCCAGUCUGUACUUGUUGCGCAGAUCGAUACGGCUGGUGCGAGACUGCAGCUCCGAAAAUCCGGCGCGAGUCUGCUGAUGCCGGAAAAUGCGGUGGACUCCCAGAAGACGGUCUACAUUGCGGUCAGCGAACAGCCGGGCGAUCGGCCGAAGCUGCCAUUGGGCGACGUGGCCAUUUCGCCGGUCGUGACGGUAGGAGAAGCGGAAUGGGAGGGAGAUCCGGAAAGUCGAACACUUCUCCGUCCUGCCGUCCUGUCGUUCCGGCAUUGUGCAGCAACAUUCCCUCGUGAUAACUGGACCUUCUCGGUCUGGGCUGACGAUGGUUUUGGGUGGAAACAGGUGGUCAGAGUGGGUGAUGAGAACCUGAAUAGCCCCGUCCACGUGCAUCUGGAAGCACCGUCGGCUGAUCGGGUCGGCUAUGUCCAUCUGAUGACCGAACAUUUUGGAAGGUUUAUGCUUGUGGGCAGAGCGAGACGUGCAUCCGUGCCACCCGGAAAACGUGUUCACCUGGCGUGUUUCGGGCCGGCUAACCCCGGGAAGGACGACUUUGAGCUGAGGGUGUACUGCGUACCCGAGACUGGUGCCGGGAUGGAAGCGGUUGGACGUCAGGAAGCGGGAGCUGCUCCGCUGGCCGUUUCCGGCCACUUCAUUUUGCAACCAGCCGGUCCUCUAUGCUUCUGCGUUGAGGAAAUUGGGGCCGGAUUCUCGCAAAAGGGAUCGCCCGUUGUUGAAAUCCCGGCCAGCCACCAUCAAUGGUGCGCCCAAAACGGCUUGCACUGCAGCAUCCCUAUCGAAAACCGCGACCGAAGACGACCCGAGGACUUCAGCUGCCGUCUGGUCGUCUACCAAAAGUCGAACAACGCCGAGCGGCAUGUCUUGAAUGUACAGCUGGAGAAUCCGGCUCGACCAGCAUUGCUUGAUGAAACCGAUAAGGUGGUCGACGUCAAUUUCCAAUUGCCGGGAGAGGUGAAAGAGGCUCUUGCUCUUCUACUCGAUCCACCCACCGACCCGGCCAGGGACUGGCGAGGACUAGCCGCAAAGCUGAAACUCGACAAAUACCUCCAGUACUUUGCGACAAGACCCGGCCAAUCUCCCACUUGCCUUCUUCUCAGCCUGUGGGAAGCCGUCGAGAUCGACUCGCUGAGGGCUGUUCAUGAUCUUCUACAAACCCUUCGAGUCAUGGGGCGACCCGACGCCGUUCUUCUCCUCGAACAAGUUCUUCUACCCCCCGUCUCAUCCCCAAUCUCCCCACAACCACCCGUUUUCCACUAUAAUUCCUCUUCGUCUUACUCCAGA